CAAUCCGAGCAUUUCCGCCGUCCUCGGCCAGCCAGCAGUACUCUUUUUCCCUGCACGCCUUCAACAUCUGAACUCCAUCGUCCUCCGACCAGGGACUGUACCGAGAUUAGUACCUAGACACCGUUGUGCCCUUGUACCCAGGGGCUGGGAGUGAGAGAGAUCCACAAUGUCUGAACUUUUUAUGGAGUGUGUUGAGGAGGAGCUGGAGCCGUGGCAGAAACAAGCACCUGAAGUUCACUUGAUAGAAGAUGACGAUGAUGAGCCCAUCUUUGUUGGAGUGCUCUCUAAUAACAAAAAGGACAGUAAGGCGAACCCUCCACCUCCUCAGAGGACCAGUGCACCGAAGCAGGAAAUAAAGCACCCGGCUCCUCAGCCUGCUGUUGGCCCCUCACCAAUACUGAUGCCACUGAGUGUAACUGGAAAUGCAGUAAAAACUGCACCAUCCACUCUGGCAACAGUGACGCCGCAGCCCGUUAUCGUCAACAACCAGGGAUUUAUUGUCACUUCUCCGCAAUUAACAAACAGCACUGACUUUAUUGCCUCUCUUGGGUCCCAGUAUCCCCCUGGAACGUCAUUUACAAUUGUACCAGCUGGUCAGCAGCCUCUUUUUCAGCAGGUCCCUCCAGGGACAGUGAUACCUGGUGUCGUCCACAGACCUCAGGUGCAGCAAAUCAGCAACAACAUUGUGACUCUGUCUAACGUCCAGAGCCCCACUGUGUAUUCGACGCAGUCUGGUCAGCUACAGCCCAACCUGACCAACUCAUUCCCAACUAUUCAGACUUUCUCUGUGGCUGUGAAGAACAAUGGCAGUAACAGAGAUCAGAGCUCAGUCAAACGAGGGCUGACCCCACAGGAAAUGAAUGCUGUGUCAAAAAUUGUUAAGUUUGACUUAGCACCAGCAAAGCUAGUGGCCGGAGUGGAAAAUGGUGUCAUAAAGAAAAAAUGUCCCAACUGUCCAGAAGAAUGUGUCACAGAAGAGGCCCUGAAAUGUCAUAUGAUGACAUGCGGUACAAAUGUAGGAAGUGUGGCUCAGUCACCAAACAAGCGCAUCAUGCUGGUCUCGGAGUUCUACUAUGGUCGCUUUGAGGGAGAUGUUCAGAAGAAGGGGGCAGAGAAGACCAACACAACCUUUAAGUGCCAAAGCUGCUUAAAAGUUCUGAAGAACAAUAUCAGAUUUAUGAACCAUAUGAAGCACCACUUGGAGCUGGAAAAGCAAAACAGCGAGAGCUGGGAGAGCCACACGACCUGCCAGCACUGCUACCGACAGUACAUGACUCCAUUCCAGCUGCAGUGCCACAUCGAGAGCGCUCAUAGCCCGAUCGAAUCCUCAACUAAUUGCAAAAUAUGUGAGCUGGCGUUUGAGUCGGAGCAGGUGCUCCUGGAGCAUAUGAAGGGGAACCACAAACCCGGGGAGAUGCCGUAUGUCUGCCAGGUCUGCAACUACAGGUCCUCUUUCUUCUCUGAUGUGGAGACACAUUUCCGAAGCGUCCAUGAGAACACAAAAGACCUGCUCUGUCCUUUCUGUCUCAAAGUUCUCAGAACUAGUCAUAUAUACAUGCAGCACUACAUGAAACAUCAGAAAAAAGGGAUCCAUCGCUGUGGAAAAUGCAGACUGAAUUUUCUCACCUACAAGGAAAAAGUGGAACACAGGACUCAUGUCCACAAGACUUUCAGGAAACCAAAAGCCCUAGAGGGUCUUCCUCCUGGUACUAAGGUUACCAUCCGAGCCUCCCUCACAGGAAAGACACACAUAUUACCAGUGUCCCCUGAUGUAUCUGGCGUUGUCAGUCCAGAAACACAAGGUUCCAAUCAUCAAACUAAACCUUCGUGCAUCAUAGCCAAGUCGAAGUCGAACGUCUCCGGAGGAGGAAGAGGAAAGGAAAGGACGAGUCAGAACAAGAAGCCAGACGGUCGAACUGCCAAGCACAACCUGGCGCUCAGGAAUCUCAGUGCUCGUGGAAAACGCUACACCUGCAUCGAGUGCAACACACCAGUCGACCACUUCUUUUCUCAUUUCCCGAUGGUUUCGAGUUGUGGUGCGUGCAAAUACCGGACGUGUUGCAAAGUUUCCAUUGGGAAUCAUAUGAUUAGAUUUCACAGUACCAUCACCAAGAGCAGAUAUUCAAAAAUGGUUCCCAAGAAGAGUUCGGCGGGAUUAAAAUUUACCCUGGUCUGUCUGGACUGUGACCUGCUGGUGGAUGCAUCAUCUGCUGACCUGAUGACCAAACAUUUAAAUGAUCGACCAGGUCACACGUGCAAAGUCAUUCAGGAGAAAGCAGAUAUCAAAGCCAAAGACCGAGUAUGUCUCUUCUUGCAGCCUCCAAAACUCCAAGUGUACGUUGUAAAACCAGCACAUGCAGAAAAACCAAUGGACGUGGACUUGCAGCAAGCUGAGUGUGUCUCAUCUGAAAGUGCGACUACUACCACUGUCGAACAGCUAGUAUCAGAGCCAAUGAUGCCAGCGGGGGAGCAGGAAAAGGGCUCCCCAGAAAAAAAUGUCAGUGAGGAUUCCUCUAAAGGAGAAUUGAAGCAGGUGCCGCUGCCCUCUCUACUAUCUUCCAGUACAUCAGACGAGGUUUCAGACGAGUCAGUGGGUAAAUCGGAGAGUCUAGAUAUCCAAGAUCAGCUCCCUGUCUCUGUGAUUGAACCUGAGAGUGCACCUGGGGAACAACAGCCUAAAACAGAUUGAACCUGCACGUGAGCUGAAAGAUAUCAACGCAAAAGUGGCCUCUGUAGUGUUUCCUGUAUAAAUAUCAAACUUCUUACGUUUUCAUCUGUUACUAAUCUCCCUUCAGAGGUUUGACACCAGUUUAAGAGCUAGAAAAUAUUUUAUCUCAGAUUUUUGUUUACUCUUCUGUAAGACGUACCUUGCCUCACUAUAUGUAAAAUAUCUUUAUAAAUAAAAAAGUCUAUGGUCUUCUCAUUUUCCCCCAGGACGUUUACUGUUGAAAUAUUCAGUGGCGUAAAUAUUCUGCACCCUUACUGGUUGCACUGUAACUUACUCCAUUAUACUUAAGUGGAAUGGAUUUCUCAUAUUGAUAAUAGAAUCUGGUCUAUACCCUAAGUGGCUGACAUUAACCUUUAGGAAACUCCAUCUGCCUUAAAGAGGACAUAAACAAGCCCCUUUCUCAAUCCCCGGAGUCAGUCAGAUAAUGUUUUGAAACAAAUUUGUUAAAUGAUGUGAUUGUAAAAAGAUUUCCGAAAAGAAAUAAACUUUCUCAGUGGCAUAGAAUGUACCUGAAGCUAAAAGUAUAAAUGCUGAAAUAAUGCUGUGGUUCUUUAUUCGGUUUUGGCCACAUUUCUAGCAGACAAUACUUAGCUCUGAUAUUUUGAUUUGGGAUGGAGUUUUUUUUGUUUUUGUUUUUUUUUUUUAAUCUUCUUUUAGUUAGGGGUGGUAAUUGUGUAAUGUAAACUAUUUUUGACAUGUACUCUCCGAGAUUGGUUCUCUGAGAUUGGUUCACCAAAAACAAAAACGUACAUCUCUGAAAUGUUUACAAUUUUCCUGAUUUGUAGCAGAAAUAUUGGCGUGGGAGUGAUGUAGCACAUUGGCUAGUUUUGAACACCUUGAUUUUUGAACACAUACAGCUCCUUUAAACCCAUAAGAAAUCAGGCAGUAUGUGUAAAAAUAAAUAAAUGGAAUAAAAAAAAUCUGGGAAAGAUCUGUAGGAGGCGUUAGGUGGAAAAUGACUAUUUCCUGAGAAACAAGUGAAACCAUAGCUGUACAGCAACAAGUAGAUUUUACCGUCUUAACAGUGUUGCGAUGUGUAUAUGCUACCAUUGGCACAGGUUAUGUUGGCUUUUUUUAUUUUCAUUUGCUGUAAAGAGGUUAAUUCCCUGUAGCUCUGAGUAAGUUUGAUACAAUACUGUGUGUUUAUUUUGCGUGGCAUAAAACCUCGGAAUAACUGGUUAUUUCAUAGGUUUUCAAAAAAGAAAAAAAAAAGAAUUUUCAUUUGUAUGUACAGUGUAUAGCUGUAGAGUAAGUCUGUAAAUGCAUCUAUGUCUGCAAUGACACUAUAAUCCCCCGAACCUGUUUUGAAUACAUUCCUCUAAAAAACUAAUAAUAAUAAUGUGACACAUUUUCUUCAGAGAACUAUAAACUGGGUUUAGGUCCACAUUUUCCUGUUUGUGUAAAUAAAUCUUUAAUAUGA